AUCAGCCCUACAGCUUAAGAGCAUUCGACAGACUUGCUGUGGCUGUCUUGAGUGGGAGCGACCCGGAUUCUCCAGUGAUUGACGCCCAAACUCAGGCGGUAGAGCUUUCACAUUCCGAAAACAUGGGCACCCAGCCCCAAAGCUGUGGCCCACAAGUGUGCGGUCACGGCCCAGCUCUGGUGUGUCUGUGACUCUCUCAGACUCUCUGGGAUUACGAUGGAGGCCCUGACAAGGCUAUUGACUGUGCUCAGGCGGUUCAAACGCCUGCGAGGUCUUCUAUCUGUGUUCUCUUCCCUCUCGCGCCCUUUCUCACGCAGAAAUGCGGGAAACAGACCAGAUUCCGACAACGAGGCGCCACGACCAUGCGCUACAUCCCUGCCGCACUCGUUCACGAACACCGCAGACAUUGUCUGCAAUGCCAGCAGAAUUUCCCCAUACGUGCCUCUGAGCCCGUAUAGGGCACCGGCAGACAUCGCUUCCCAUCGCUUCCAGGACCUGCCGCCGACGAUCAAUAUCGAGGAGCCCCUGCACACUUCAUCCCCACUGGAUCAUACUGCAUACCCAAGUAGCCCUGCUCCGUCCCCAAGUCCAAGCUCGGUAUCCACUGUCUACAGUCGUCCAUCUCAUGCGACAUCCUAUUCCUCAGUGGAUGUUCCGAGAGACACAAUGCAGAGGUCCUGCGAGAUGAAUCGUCUGUCAUGUCCACAGAUUCCCAGCAACCAAGCGCCGUCCUUGUAUUUGGAUGCUGCGGGCGGCUUCCCAUGUUCUACAAACGGCAGCGUGACCGAUGUUGACGAUCAUUUACAUGCUACCCAGAGUGACGAUCGGUCGGAGAGCGAUGGGCCGCCUGAUCUUCUAAAUCUCUUCCAGCAUCGAAUCCUCCCGAUGACACCAGAAUCCGUGAAGCGUUAUAAGCGCGGGCUCAAAAUCCCACGCACAGAGUCCCAAUUCAUCAUUCCCCCGCUCACGAUGUCCCCUCCUGUUGAUGUACUCCCGGAAGGCUGGACAAGAUUUGUCCAUCCCGAAGGUGCCCCGUACUUCCAUCAUGCAGAAAAGCAUGUCUACACUGACCUGAAUGUCUUCGAACAAUCCAAGCUCGAGGAUAUCCAACGAUAUCUCGACAAGAUCGUUGACGCGAUGAGAAUUCUUGACGUCGAACUGAUUGACGGCAUGGAGCUUGUGCUGGACGACUACUUUUUCUCAGACGACUCUAAGGGCUGCCAGUAUUACCUGGUCAACCACGAGGAACGUUCUGUGUUUUGGCUGGAGGAGGUGGACAGCACCGAAAUAUUUGACAUUGGAACGAAGGUGGACGGAAUGUCGUCUUCCUCGAUCCUCCGACUGGAACUGGAGGCGCAAUAUUGGCGUCAUUGCGAACUGUAUCCACAUGCAAUGAAGACGACAACUGAGAUCGUUGACGAGCUGAGGGAUACUCUGGUCUAUUCUCGUGGUGAAGAUCUUCUCACCUCGUCCAAUUCUACCGUGAGCUGGUCAAUCGAUGAGAUAUCCCAUUUCCAGAGCAUGGUCGAUAGCAUGACUCAAAAUUUCAGACCUGGGACUACUGCGAUCACUCGAACACCUGGCAUCAACGCUACAAUCGGUCCGUGGCAGUUGCACCGCGUCUCGCUCCAGCAAUUCAACUCAUCCUUCCCUGAACCCCAUUCAGCACGGCUCAUGUACAUGUCUGUACACCAUCGCGUUUUAAACCUUCACGGAGAACCUGCGGCUCGACUGUGCUCGGAUCAAGCUGUGUAUGACCAGCAAAGAAAGCGGUCCUGGUUCAUCUCAAUCCUCUCUCCGCUGCUGUUCUUCGCGCCGUAUUUCCAUCUCGACGGUCUGGAGGUCCUAUAUACCGACGGGGUGAUCAGAGAGCAUGGCUGGACCCAGUUCAUCUCGCGAUUGUUGAAAGACUGGCAGGACUUUACUCUGAAUGCUACGGUGAUCCUGAAUGCAAAUGUCGCAUUCCUCGCCAUCCAGAGUGUGGACAAUGGGGGAUCCACUGUCAGCAGCAGAACACCGACCCAGUUAGCCAGCUACUGCUCCAUAUUCACCAGCGUCGGUGCAAUCAUCUUCGGACUGCUGUUGGUGAAACAGAAUCGCAAUCGCAGCGGUGUCGGGAGUAUUAAAUCUGACAGUUUCUUUUUCAAGUACAACCGCCGCAGACUCGGCAUGGAGACUCUGGCCGUCGUCUACUCUCUGCCUUACGCUUUGCUCAUCUGGUCAAUGCUCGCAUUUCUGGCUGCGUUCCUCUCCAUGUGUUUCCGGUACACGAAUAGCCUCACUCGCGCAUUCGUCGCUGCGUUCGCGCUGCUCGUCGUCAGCUUCGGGAUAUUACAUCUUGCCGAUUCUCGCCGGGGCUCUAUACUCACGCUCUCCAUCCCGAAGAUUUCCAUCCCGACGAUUAUAUGGCCUUCGUGGUCCCAGGCUGACGAGGAAUCUGCUGUAGAGCUAGGCUCGCUUCCACCCUCUACAGUAGUUUUAGCUGAGUCUCCUCCAAGUAUUCAGAGCCACACUGUGGAGCUGGAGGCGCCUAACAAGCGUCGGCGGCCAUGGCUGUCUCUCCUUGUGCGCAAGGAUUCUGUGGAACCUGAGAGAUCUGAUGUAUAGAUUAUGUGUCUCUCCCAUCGUAGGUAGUCUUAUCAUAGGUAUGUAUCAUAGUCGUAUGGAUGGAUGGAUGGAUGUAUUAAUGUAUGUAUUUUACCAUUGUACAUGGAGUUUCGGGCGGAGAAACGAG